AACUUUUGAUGAGGGAGUUUGAUGAAUCAUCGAUAGGCUAACCAAAUAGUAAAUUUUACUUCUUUAUCACACUCGAUGAUAUAGAUGAGUGAUCUAUGUCUUCGCUUUGACCCUAAAAUCUAUCUUAAUAAUUCAAUUAUUUACUUGAUAAUCUUUCCCAAAUGUGAUUUAUCCAAACUGAUCAAUUCUUAUUUAUCAUUAUAUUUUUUUUAUAAUUUUUAUAUUUAAUAUGUCUGAUAUAAUAUUUUAUAAUUAUUUGUAUUUUAAAAAUAUUAAAAUUGAUCUAUCAAUCUUCUGUAGAGCAGACUACAGGAAGACAUCUCCAGCGUUUUCUUCUUCCCCAAGAACAGAACAUAUAUUCUCUACUCCCCACUAAUAUUUUACUGAAGUUUUGUCUUCCAUUUUGUAUACCCUAAUUGCCCCUCUCCAAUUAACCUUUCUCCACCACAGAAGCUCCCCGCGGUCCCUUCCGGUUCUCGAGCUCCUCAACUCGACCAACCUUGCCUUCCCUCGCACCUCUCUUCCGCCUCUUUUAAGCCCGUAGUUUGAUGUCGAACACCUGCAACUAGAGGCCCUGAGACCUAGCCGGCUCUCCUUCGAUGAGGCCCCACGCCGCCCGCCUCGGCUUCUGGUUCGCCCGCAGGUCCCUCGGAUCGAAACUCCUCGAUGAAUCGACAACCGCCGCUGCGUUGGACGGCGCAUCGGCCCGGUUCGUUUCCUGGGCUUGCAGCUCGUCUCGGAGUGUCGUAAACGAAAAUUGCGAAGCAGCGAAUCUUACGAAGGGGAUUAUUAAUGGAGCGUUUCAGUGGCACUUUGUCCCGAGCAGGUCGUUUCAUGGUACACGGUCAGUGUCUGCAAAGGAUUACUAUGAUGUACUUGGUGAUAAUAAGAAUGCAAGCGCUUCUGAUAUCAAAAAAGCCUACCAUGCGCUUGCUAAGAAGCUCCAUCCUGACACAAACAAAGAUGAUGCUGGUGCAGAAAGAAAAUUCCAAGAAGUGCAAUGCGCAUAUGAUGUUUUGAAGGAUGAGGAUAAACGAAGGUUAUAUAAUCAGGUUGGUCCAGAUGCAUUUGAACAAGUUGCAGCUGGAGGUGGUCCCGGUCCUAAUGGACCAUUUGGAGGAGCUGGGUUUGGGAAUCCAUUUGAAGAUAUAUUUGGUGGUGCUGGAGGAUUCAACGAUUUUUUCAGAAGCAUGUUCAGAGAGAGAGAAUUUGGAGGACAAGAUGUUGAGGUUUCUCCUGAAAUUUCAUUCAUGGAAGCAGUUCAAGGGUGUUCCAAGAUUGUGACUUUCCAAACUGCUGUAACUUGUGAAUCAUGUGGUGGUGCUGGCAUCCCUCCUGGAACAAAGCCUGAAACCUGUAGAGCCUGCAGAUCUGGAAUGACUUUCAUGCAAAACGGCUCCUUCAGGCCGCAGUCAACAUGUUCACAAUGUGGUGGAUCAGGGAGGGCUGUCAAAAGCCUAUGCAAGUCAUGCAGAGGACAGCGAGCUGUGAAAGGUGUGAAGUCAGUUAAGCUGGAUGUGGUACCUGGAGCGGAUGACAAUGAUGCUAUGUAAGUUUAUAGAAGUGGGGGUGCAGAUCCUGGUGGCAAUCAACCUGGUGAUCUUUAUGUUACUAUCAAGGUGAGGGAGGACCCUGUUUUCCGGAGAGAGAAAGAAGACAUUCAUGUUGAUGCUGUCUUAAGUGUCACUCAGGAAUAAAGAUGAGGAACAGUUCCUACUAUGGGGACCAAUAUGUUCACUUUAACGUAACCGUACCAGUCAAUUUAACACAGAGACAGCAGAUGUUAAUCGAGGAAUUUGCCAAAGAGGAACAACACGAACAUGAAAAAGGAUCCACAGCAGCUGCAGGAGCAUCAGGAUAAUAUUAUCCCACAGCUUCCACACAUGUUCAGGCUAAAACCACUUUGUUCUUCAAUGAAGAACAAUGGACCUUCUGCUUUAGGUCUAUAUAUAUAUAUAUAUAUAUAUAUAUAUAUAUAUAUAUAUAUAUAUAUAUAUAUAGUUUCAAUCAGUGUAUUUAUAGUUGGAGCUAAUAUAAUCAAAUCAUGGACAACAUGCCUAGCAAAGCUGGGAUUUUGUACACCGAGUAGGCAAUGGAAGCAAGCACAAGGUUCUGGUGUCUGUCCAUGAUUGUUCAAUAAAUAUGUUUGUGUUGCAAAGUGUUUCCAAAGCAUCUCAUUAUUAGUUUGGCAAAUUAAAUUUUGGAUAAAGCUAUUCAUUUUUUAGCUAUAACCUGCUUUUCUUUUUUACUUAUCAGAUGUGUUGGUUUUAUUUCUCUGAAAUUGUUUGUGGUCGAGAUCAGUCUUUUCGGCAUUUCAUUUUGAUCUCCCAAGAGUUGAUGUACUUCCAACCAGUUGUGUAAGAAACAAAUAGCAUUUGCUGGUCUUGUAGAAAGCAUCAUAACAAAGCAUUUUGU